AUGUACCUCCGCGCUGCCUGCCUCGGGUGGCGCGCCGCCACCGAGGGCCCCAAGGCUAAGGGCAACAGUGGCUCCGACCGCCGCUUCAAGCCAUGCCAGUGGAUCCUCCUCGAAGAGGUCUUCCAGAGCAAGGGUGAAGAGAUGCUCCUGGUCAACACCAACACCAGCCGCUUCCUCCGCAGAAGGGAGUACUCCGGCGAGCGGACCAAGGACGCCAUUAUGGCUUGGAUCAACAAGAAGUUGGGCCCUGCAAUGCAGAACCUCACCAUCGUCAACGAGGCCGAGAAGGUCGUCACCGGCGACGACGUGGCCGUGCUUGCAUACGUCCACGACCUCUCGGGUGCGCACAGCGAUGAGCUUGAUGCUGCCUCAAGGCUGGAAGAUACCGUCAGCUUCUACCAGACUACCAGCCCCGAUGUGGCCAAGCUUUUCCACAUUGACCCGGAGGAAAAGCGCCCGUCAGUAGUCCUGCUCAAGAAAGAGGAGGAGAAGUUGACCGUCUUUGAUGGUGAGUUUAGAGUGUCUGCGAUCGCUGAGUUUAUUUCGGCGAACAAAAUCCCAUUGAUCACCACCCUGACACAGGAAACCGCCCCUACGAUUUUUGAUAAUCCGAUCAAGAAGCAAAUUUUGCUAUUCGCUGUUGCAAAGGAGUCCUCGAAAUUUGUGUGCAUCUUGAAGGAAGCAGCAAAAUCAUUCAAGGGAAAGGUUUUAUUUGUUUUUGUGGAGCUUGACAAUGAGGAAGUUGGUGAGCCUGUUGCCAAUUACUUUGGAAUUACUGGACAAGAGACCACGGUUCUUGCUUACACUGGGAAUGAAGACGCUAAGAAGUUUUUCUUCAGUGGUGAAAUAUCACUGGACAACAUUAAGGAAUUUGCUCAAGAUUUCCUAGAGGACAAGCUCACACCAUUCUACAAGUCUGACCCGGUACCUGAAUCCGUGAGUCGAGAAGAAUUAUCCAAUAUCUACUUUCUCUGGCAUUAUUAA